AUGAAGGAAGAUAAUCCGCAGUCGUCUGAUAACCCUAUCGCCGAACCCGAAGAUGCUGAGGGUGCGGCUGAAGAGAUCAGCAUGGAGGAGCUGAUGGGCUCCAUCAUGAAGGGAGUGUCGAAAGCCUUCUCCACUACCACCGCCAACAAGUCACGAGGCGUAAGUGUGACCUGUCUGCCCAUAAAUACGCUGCAGCCUGUGAAGAGUGCCGUGCCGGAGGCCCCCAAGCCGCCAAAGCGAAGCGUUCGUGUCUCCAUUCGGAAACAGCCAGAUGAGUUCCCGGAAGCCGACGAGCAACGCUACAAAAAGAUAGCCAACAAUGGAGUGGUGCGACUAUUCGAGCUCAUUAACCAAUCCUGA